AUGGGGGUUUCCACGGGGACCGGGGGCGGCUUCUCAAAGCGCCUCCUGCUCUCAGCCUCCAUCCUGGCGCUCUGGAUGCCCCGAGGCUCCCAGGCAGCCCUCCACAUCCAGAAGAUUCCGGAGCAGCCUCAAAAGAACCAGGGCCUGCUGCUGUCUGUCCAGGGCGUCCCAGACACCUUCCAGGAAUUCAGCUGGUACCUGGGUGAGGAGAUUUAUGGAGGCACGAGGCUGUUCACCUACAUCCCCGAGCUGCAGCGGCCCCAGAGGGACGGUGGCGCCAUGGAACACCGAGACAUCGUGGGCUUCCCCAACGGCUCCAUGCUGCUGCGCCGUGCCCAGCCUGCUGACAGCGGCACCUACCAAGUCACCGUCACCGUCAACCCUGGCUGGACCAUGAAGGCCAAGACUGAGGUCCAGGUGGCUGAGAAGACGAGGGACCCACCUGCCGCACACCUGCCCAUGAACGCGGGGAUCCUGGCCGCGGUCACCAUCGGCUCCCUCGCUGCCGGGGCCCUCCUCAUCGGCACCUUGGCCUACCUCCUGGUGACGAGGGGCUGGCGGGGCCAGAGCCACAGAGCGAACACUCCGGGAGGCCAGGGGUCCUUGUCUGUCCUGUGCCCAUCUGUGUCCCCGGUGCCUUCGAUGACGCCCAUCACAUGGACAGCGCCCGCGAAGAAGCCGGAACUGGGCCCGGAUCAUGACGUGGGUGACAACAACAUCUAUGAAGUGAUGCCAUCUCCGGUCUCGCUGGUGUCCCCCUUCAAUGACCCAAGCUCCACGAGCCCAGCCCUGCCCCCAGCCAUGCCCCCGCCCCUGCAGCUGGAGCCAGAGAGCCAGCAGUACCAGGACCUGCUAAACCCCGACCCGGCCCCUUACUGCCAGCUGGUGCCAACGUCCUGA